GAUAAAAUAUCGAGAGUGACAGUUUAUUUAAUUAGAACACAAAAAUCUCCCUUUGAAAGUUUGGGAAAAUGGCUUCUGUAAUAUCAAAACCAUCAUCACAUUCACAUUCACAUUAUUCAACAACAAACCCAUUAUUCUCUUCUUCAAAAUUUCACUAUUAUCUUCACAACAAUGCUUCAAAGUUUUACGCUUUCCCUUCAAAAUCAACAAUUUCUGUCACCCUCACUCACCCUCCUUCUCGUGCUACAAAUGAUUUUCAUUCCUUUUCUACUCAAGAAUCCGACCCGGUUAUGGAAUCGGAUAUUGACCCGACCCGUGAUAGGAGAAGGGUUGUUAGGGUGGCGUGGGAGAAAUUGGUUCGUUGGUCAAGGUCUUGGCGCUCCAAGUCUAACACUGAUGUUCUCCAACGCACUAACAAGGUGGUAGUGCUUGGAGGGGGAUCGUUUGGGACGGCAAUGGCUGCUCAUGUUGCAGACAGAAAGGAUCAGUUAGAGGUCGUCAUGCUUGUUCGAGAUCCUCAAGUUUGCUCGUCUAUCAAUGAAAGGCGCUGCAAUUGUAACUACUUCCCGAAUCACAGGCUGCCAGAAAAUGUAGUCGCAACAACUGAUGCAAAAUCUGCUUUGCAUAAUGCGGAUUACUGCUUUCAUGCAGUGCCUGUUCAGUUCAGCGCAGCUUUUCUCGAGAGUGUGGCUGAUUAUGUUGAUCCAGGUUUGCCAUUCAUAUCUCUCAGUAAAGGCCUGGAGCUUAAUACACUAAGAACAAUGGCUCAAGUUAUUCCUCAAGCACUACGAAACCCUCGCCAGCCUUUUGUUGCACUGUCAGGGCCUUCUUUUGCUCUGGAAAUAAUGAACAAGCUACCUACAGCAAUGGUUGUGGCAUCGAAAGACCAAAAAUUGGCAAAUGCAGUUCAGCAGCUACUAGCUUCAAAUCAUUUAAGAAUCAGCACAUCAAGUGAUGUUACAGGAGUCGAAAUAGCAGGUGCCCUCAAGAAUGUACUAGCAAUAGCAGCUGGGAUUGUAGUAGGUAUGAAUCUUGGUAACAACUCAAUGGCUGCUCUUGUCUCACAGGGCUGUUCCGAAAUACGGUGGCUUGCAACAAAGAUGGGUGCAAAGCCAACUACAAUAACCGGUCUGUCAGGAACUGGAGACAUUAUGCUUACAUGUUUUGUCGACCUUUCGAGAAAUAGAACUGUUGGUGUGCGUCUUGGAUCAGGCGAAAAGCUUGAGAACAUACUUAAUUCCAUGAAUCAGGUAGCAGAAGGCGUCUCAACGGCUGGAGCUGUGAUUGCUUUGGCGCAGAAAUAUAAUGUCAAGAUGCCAGUAUUGACAGCAGUCGCUCGUAUCAUUGACAAUGAACUUACUCCUAAAAAAGCUGUUUAUGAGUUAAUGAGCCUCCCUCAGGUUGAAGAAGUAUGAAACCUCCCAACACAUUGUUUAACUACUAGCUACUUUUUAACUGCUGAUUGAAAGGCAUUUGUGUAGUUAAUUCUUUUUCACCACUGUGCUUUUAUGAUGUGAAGGCAUUGGUGAUAACAAUUUUGCAUAAUUGGAAUUGAACCAUACAGUUAAAGAAGAAUUUGAUAAAUGUGUAGAUUCUGGACAACGUAUAUACUCUUAGCUUAUUAAUGCAUGUCAUUUCUUUGUGCAAA